UACUAUGCGAGUUUUGUCCUUUAAGCACUGGUAUCUAUUGUCAGACAAAAUGUCCAGUGAGGCUGUUUGCUAAUGUUAGUGUUUGCUGUGAGCGAGGCGAGCAUAGGACGCAAAUUGUUUUCUGCUGCGGACGAACUCAAACUGGGGACAGUCAGCUGAAUAUCCUCUCCCAUCCCCCUUACCCCCUCUGUCAGAGCAUGGCUCAGGAGACCAAUCAGACGCAGGUGCCAAUGCUUUGCACUAUGGGAUGUGGUUUCUAUGGUAACCCCCGCACCAACGGCAUGUGCUCGGUCUGCUACAAGGAACACCUGCAGAGACAACAGGGAGGGGGGCGAUCCAGCCCCCCGGGAGAGAAAGCUGCUACGUCACCGUCAGGAUCACCAGGGUCAGCUGGUGUGACUGUGGAGAGUACAACCUCAGAGCCCAGUACAGAGGUGGCGGGAACCCCACCAGAGGAACAAACGACCAGUCCCAGCUCCCCCAGCCCAGUAACUCAACAGAUGACAGCUAUGAGCAUCUCCCAGGAUUCAGCAGCUGUAGACUCUGAUCGAGCAGAGGUUGAGGAGGGAGAGGAGGAGGGUACUUCCAACAGCACAGAGCCAGUGGGGGAGGCAGCACAGGCUCUGUCUGAUAAUGACCAAACUCCUGACAAAAAUAAGAAAAAGAACCGCUGCUUUUCUUGCCGGAAGAAAGUGGGCCUUACUGGUUUUGACUGUCGCUGCGGCAACCUGUUCUGUGCCAUUCACCGUUACUCGGACAAACACGACUGUCCCUAUGAUUACCGGAGUGCAGCUGCUGCCCGCAUACGCAAGGAGAACCCCAUCGUGGUGGCUGAGAAAAUUCAGAAGUUAUGAGGACUGAGUGCAAAAACAAGUCUCUGACUUUGUGAAUUUGAACAAUGGCGACUUGGAUGAAACACCUGAUAUCGUGGCUUCAUUUGUUCAUGGUAGUCUAAGACGGGCGGGGUGGGGUGGUGAGGUCGCAGCCACUGUCCAGACUCUUCCCUUACUAGCAUCUCCCUCUCUCUCCACUAGUGAUGGCUGAACCUGAGUGUUUCUGUGUGUGUGUUUGUAUGAAAGUGUGUGUGCACAGUUGCUUGAGAGUCUGGGAGAGAGCUGUAGGGGCUUUGUGGACGUUAGUGUUGCUGUGGGGAGGGAAGGCAUUUGAUUUUACCCCUUUUUGUUUCUCAACUUGGGGGAUCGUGUGAGUUUAUUUUUAUACAAUCCCUGUAAGGCAGUUGAAAUGAGACAGGGGUAAGCUGUUAAGGAAUGUGUCACAGCCUGGAUAAUGACACAGAGCUCAAUUAAGGUCUAGCAAGUUAAGAAAAGAAAUUUCAAAAACUGGGAGGUUUCAUGUAUCAGCAAGACCUUUUAAGGGCUUUGGAAUAUACAUUUUUCUCCCAGACUGCAAAUGAUGUCAACUUCUUGUCAAAUUGGCUAUUUUUUUUUUCUUCCCACCUCUUUACUCUAUGGGUCACCACACAUUGAACUCCAAGUCUCAGCAUUUUCCAUAAAUGUUUCUCUUUCAUAUAUUGACUUAUCAUACUGAUAUUGGGUGCAUGAACAGUUAUUGGAGUGGGACAGUGGGGGAGGGCAAGGGUAGGGGAAACUGAGAACCUUGAGUUAACUGAGUGAUUGAAUUCUGUUUUUAUUUUAAUUUUUUUUGUUUUUUUUUGUUUUUUCAGUUUUAAUGAGCGUAUGACAUCAGAAGAUCUAUAUUAAUAUAUUGUAGUUAGCUUGAAUUGUGUGAUUGCAUUCUAUUUAUUUUUUAUUGUUUGGUUGGUCUGUGCUGGAGGAUUGGCGGCAUGUGUCAGCAAAUCAUUAAGAUUUGCACUUGACCUUUUCAUUUAUAUUUAAGUAAUUCCAUCUUGAUUAUAUAACCUUUUGAAUAAAAAAAUAAACAAGCUCUGACACAAUAGAGUCCAGUUAAGCCGUUGCAGCUACAGUUGUGCAGUAAAAUGUCCAUUGUUUUGGAUUUGGAAACAAAGCACAACAAAGUGUGUCAACUGCAGAGCCCAAACUAAUGUUCCACACCUACUCAGUUUUGUUCAGCAUCUGGGUCAUUUGCAGUUUAUGUUUGAUGGCUCGCUGAAGAUAUUGCCUUCAUGUUGGACUGAUAAGACGUUCUAUUUCAGUAAGGCUAUGUGUUCUCCUUGAAUGCCCUUUUCUGUUCCAUGGAGUCACCGUGUGAAGCUCCAUGUUUCUCUAACCACCAGCAGACCACUGACACAUGCUGAAUAAAAUCUGACCUGGGUCGCAGUUACUCUACACAUUGACACACCUUCUGCUCAGCGAAAAGAAAAGAUUGUCGCGAUGCUACAGAGUUGCGUGCUGCGCUUUUUAAAAUGUGCUCCGAUUCAGACGAGUCCUUACUACGAAGACCGCUUCUAGCCAGCUUCUUCUAGGAAGAUCAAACAUACAUACAUGCAUGUGUGCAGUGAAACAUACAAGUUAGUGUUUUGUAACGGACUGUGCAGUUUGAAAUGAAGCUGGAAUGUUUAAAAAGCCACACAGCAGUAGCACAAUGCAUGGCAGGAACCCUAAGGUUCAGGUUAACAGGACUCUUGAGUUUGUUUUUUCCAAAUGUAAAUACCAUAUGGCUCCUAUUCAUAUAGUAUAAUCUUAAUGUAGAUUUUUGCCAUUUGGGGGGACUAAGAUGAAGAAAUACUAUGUGUAUAAAAGUUUCAUAAUUCAAAUAAAAAAAAAUAAAAAAUAAUGUGCCACAAAUAGCACAGCCCCCCCCCCCCCCUUAUUUACAAGUUGUUUUAAACAUCAUCUGCCCAUGUAAUGUCCAAAGUAUGUUCAUUAACUGACUCUACCAUGAGUGUCUCCCACAGGCCAUGCGGCUUCUAUUCUACAAUAAUAGUCUGAUUGUUAACAAGCCCCUAUAAGCUUUAUUAACCUUGUUGAUUAACACAGUAUCCCAGCCCAUGCUUUUAUCCUGUUACUGAAGCCUAUUCAUAGCCUAGCGAUAUUACUGAAAGAUGAAAAGGCCCGUUGUGAGAUGUAGAGGUAUCAUUUAUCAAAAGCUUUCCUUGUAAAUGUUGCUUGAUCCUGAUCAUUAAAUAUUUAUGAAGGAGCUAUAGAAAAGUUGCAGGGAAUUUGCAGAGUGUGCAUUUUUCAAAAUAAGCCAGUGCAGAAUGUGUCGGAUGUGAAUGGCACGUUUCCUUGUAUACACAGAAUUACAUGUUAGAUCUUUUUGUUCCUUUGAUUGGAAAAUUGGCCUUCAUCAGUAUUCCUGUUUAAGUCCUAGUGUUGGUGAUGGACAUGUCUAAAUGGCUUUGUGUCCUGCCAACACCAAGACUGUUUACUUACUACUUAGCAUAAGUUGGUCAUAUAAAGCAUAUACAUUGAAAAUUCAGAAGGAGUUAAUGGAGAUUGAGUGACGAUUAUAUACAAGGAGAAUAAUUGUCGUAUUUAGGGGAACUUGUGGUUGGAGCAGCUCUGCAGUUCGGUGUUCCAUAAGGUGUGUCUUAUAUAUUCAGAAUAUUCACGCUCGCCUGCUGGAUUGAUGACUAUUACAAAAUAUUGUCGCCUACAAAGUGCUCAGUUUUCCUUUUUACAGAUUGAAAGUCCUUUCAGAGGAAACAUCCUUUACUUGGGACGAUUGUUCAGCUGUGUAAAUCGCAACGAUUUCAUGGUUUACUCUUGCUGUUUUCUAUUGACUGCUCAUAUCAAACCACCACCCCCCAUUUUCUUAAUAAACAUGAGCAGUUUGAAUGUAAACCACCAUAAUUCACAUAAUGAGCUGUAAUGCCAUUUAUCAAACUACUUGGCCUGAUAUUGACUGUCUUUUGGCACAGGGUGGAGGCCCAGUUUUUUUUCUUGCAUGUGAUUUGGGACAGUUGGAUCACUAAAAUAGUAUGAAAAAACUGUUUGUGAUGAAGGACUUUGUUGGCACCAGCAAUUUGGGCAACCAUACCUGCAUAAUCUAGAUAUUUUCAGUAAGUUCACGUUUCUCUUCCUUCUGUUGCUUUGAUAGUUUUGAUGUCUUCAGUCUUGUCUUUAGCACAACCUUUCAUAGUCAGUGUCUUCAUCCUGUUAGGGUUUUGAUUGAUAAUAAUGAUAAACCUGCAAGUAAAGACAAAUGACAAUGACUUGCUAUAUUCUGUCUUUCAAGAUGAGCUUGAGGGACAUCAAAUGAAAUCUGAGCUGUAGUUCUUGUCCCUUGGCACUCCAGUCCCCCAGAAACACCACCAGAUAUCUUUUUAUUUUGUUUUUCUUUAAAGAUUUAGGAUUGUAUGACGUGUAAGAGUAAGUAUAAAACAAUAAAUUCACAAAGUUUAUUUUAAA